CUUUCGUGAGAGUCCAUUUAUCGCUUCCCUGGUGGCAACCAGUUUUGCCCCUUAUCACCCAAAUUCCCACUCGUUUAUUAUGUCUAACACAGCCAACAAUUUAUCUCCCAAUACAGUCAGGGUGAUUCAGGAGGAAUUCACUCGUAGUGCUGAGCGACUUCGCCAACUCGGGAUAGAAUUGCCAUCUCUUCCAGCUCCUAACUUCGGGGCCCAAGGAGCCCCAGCAAGUGGACAGAACUCAUCUUCGGCUCAAGGGAUUUCAUCAGCGAGUGUGCCAGUGUCAGUGCCAGCACAGCACCAUCCCCAUGCUGCUUCGUCGGUCCAGUUGCAUCCUUAUCCACCUAGUUUUCCAUCAAUUGCUGCUCCCCCUCCUCUUCCUAUUUUCUCGGUGCCACAUAGUCACUCAUCUCCAUACACUCCAAACCAGCCUAUUACUUCCAGUGGGACUCCUUCGGCUUUGCCUGCCCCAAUAGUUUCGUCUACUGCACCCAUUCCUGCUGCAUUUCGGGGGAUUCCACCAGGGGGAUUUCCAACGACCACAGUUAAUGCUCGCAGGACUAGUUCCAGUGGAGUGGUCCGAAAUGCUUCAAAUUUGCGACGAAGCCGUGCCCAGCCAUAUGAAUCAUUAAGCAUUUCUCCCUCAGUUACUCGCUCAGGUAUUUCUGGGAAUAAUAUCGAUUCCCUCGAAAUUGUCCUUCUCCCGAGUGAUGUUGAGGUUCGUAUGAGCAUGGUGGAGGCCAGUCAGCUCCAUGACCAAUCAAACUUGGCUCGACGAGAAUACACACAAACGAGGAUCUUACAUGAGGCCCUUGCCCCGACUCUUCAUGAGCGACUUCAAAACUUCAGUCGUAUCAUUCAUUUCUCUGCUUUACCUCUGACUACCCUCAUUCAUGACUUGCUGCCCUUAGUCCAGACUGAGCUUUCACAACGAGGAUUUCGCUUCUAUGCUCCUUAUGACUCGGCAGCUCCUUCAUUCUCCUUGCUCCAACUUCGCUCAUCUGGGCGAGUCAUCAGUACAUUUAACCUCCCCUCUCGUCGUCUUACCAACUAUUGGCCUGCUCGGAAUGAGACCCUUGAACAUAUUUUUUAUGAGGCAGCUGGGUUCAGGCCUGUUGGUUUUUCACAGAAACUUGAUGGAACCCAUAUACUGCGAUUGGUCCCAACAAUUGAUCACCUUGGAGGCCCUCUUCCAGCAGAGGUGUUGACUUCACUUGGGGGGACAGUUUCCCCACCAGUUUCUGUUCAUUUUUGUAGCGGCCUUCACCUCUAUCGAGGGCUCGCUCUAGACAAACCGAAUCUCUUACAUAUCCUUGGUGGCAACCUCAUUGCAAUGCAAGAUGCAGCACUGUGUGAUACCUGUCAUGUCCAGUAUGCUGUUCAGGGCCCCCUUAUUUCAUCUUCAACUGUUGGCGACAAUGACAAUUUGGAUGAGACUGAAUCAGUCAGCACAAUUGAGAUUCGGAGUGACCAAGAUGAUGACCACCCCAUCGUAUACUAUACAACUGUUCUAGCAAUAUCGGAUUUUGGAGCACAUAUGCGAACAUUGAUGUCUGAUUCAGCUGGACCAGAUGGCUUCACACUCUCAGCUCCUACCCAAGACGACCUCAUCUCAAAGCUUAAGGCUGAGAUAAUUUCUUGUUACAAUGAUGAUCCUAAUCUCAUUUUUCUCGAUAAAUUUGUCAAAAAUGAAUUGUCAUUUAUGAUUGAAAACUCAUUGAACACUCAGGGUUCAGGGGUUGUUCGUGAAGUGAUCUUCCAGCUCAGUGAGCUGUUGUUCCCGAGGGCUCCUGAAAACACACAGCUUCGCACUUCAUAUGGUGAUCGACUCAUCUUUUUCCCUAAAGUAUAUUUGGAGGGUAUACCUGCCAGUAGAGAGCACAAAGAACUAGCCUUUGUUCGAGGGGUUGUCACAACCCUAUCAAUUGUGCAUCUCUCUCGUCUGCCUCGUCGGCUCUGUAUACUAUCUAUGCUUCUUCACCUCACUUAUGGGGAGCAUGAGCUCAUCAGUGACACUAUCCUUGCCAAGCACCACCCAAUGCUCGCAUCUGUGCUUGAGGAAUUCAAGGCCAGUGGCUCAUUUACUGCCAUACAGUCCAUUGCUAUCCCAUACCUUGAUAUGGAUGCAGCAACAGCUGGACCGAUGAUCACAUCUGAAGAGGCACGAGCAGUUUUCUCGCAAAAAUUACUCCUCGCAUGCAUACAAGGCCCAACUCUGGUGGGAAUGAAUGAUGAGGAGAGGGCUUUCAGAGCUGGUCUGAACCUCCAAUGCUCAAAUGGGUUUCGCUUCAGUGAGCUUUGCAAGCAUUAUUCUGGUGGAUGGGAGGCCCUCCUUGACAGUUUGAACACAUCGCAAAUCCAAACAUAUGAGGACCUUCUUCCUGUCCUCAGGGUUGUGGAGCCUCGUCGGGCUCUUGGUCUCCUUCGCCAACAUUCUGAAUUCCGAGGUUCUAAUUUCAAAUCCUUAAUUGAGGGAUUCUUGCAGCGAACUGGGUGGCCACUUCAUAGUGCCAAUGAUGAUCCUCUUGGCCUCACUACUUUGUCAUCCAACAUUGGCUAUCAGGACCUUUCAGCCCAUCUCGAACAUCCUGGAUUCAGAUCCCAGCUAUUCUAUCGCUGUGCAACAGCAUCGGAUUCACUUCUAAGUGGACAAAGAAUUCAAGUAACAAUCACUGAUGUCCCCCUUGGGUACUCCAUGGGGGAAUUGUCUCACAAUGCCUCAGAUUCUGGCAUUCGGUUUCAAACAUGCUUUGGGUGUCUUAGCAUUCACUCAUCUGUGAUUCUUGACAUUAUUUACAAUAAUCCCCUGGGUGAGCGACUGGCCAGGUUUGACAACUGGAUGCUGGCAACAAUAAUGAUAUCUCUAGAAGCAAGUAUGGGUGGAACUAUGUGAUUUCAAGGCUACUAUCAAGUGCAGUAGAUUAGAUAUUUAUGUAGACAGUUUAUUAUUUUAUUCGUAGUCUUCUCACUAUUAUUAGACUCUCAUUCAUCACCUAUCUACUAUGAACUUCUUCGCUCCUUCACAUGAAUCAUCAUAUUAUUGUCCAUCCCUCCUUUUUAUCAACACUAAUCAUUUAUCCUAACUUCAGGAUUAGCUACAUUGACUACUUUACAUAUUUUGUCC